AGCGUGCCUUUAUAAAAUUUUUAAACUAUUUUCGAAUUUCAAAUCGACGGAAGCGCUCGCGUCUACGAGCGUCCGCCACACUAGACGUUCAAUUUUACGCAGAAAAAAAGAACAAUGAAUGAAUGACUUAUUGUGACGUGUGUGAAAACGUGGUGUAAUGUGAAUCAAGUUUUAUUUUUAAACGAGUAAAAGUGAUUUUAUAAUACAGUGUGUAAAAAUAAAAAUCGUAGUUGACGCAAGUUCAACUUUGUGGGUGGCUGCCAAGAAAGUUUGUUUGGAAAUACUCGGAAGGAAACGACCACACACAACACCGUAUAGGAUGGCGGGUAUGAACCUGCGGCUGGCCUUCGCUGUUCUGUCUUCCGCGUGCUGGUCAGCGUUCCAGCAUGGUUACAACACAGGAGUCAUGAAUGCACCACAAGCGGUUAUGUCGGAAUGGUUGCAGAAGGAAGCGUUAUCAGGGACCAAUUCCUCUAUACCCCCCGACCAAGAUCCGAAGGUUACCAACGUAUGGUCCAUAACCGUCUCCAUAUAUUGCGUGGGGGGGAUGCUAGGCGGUGUCAUCACUGGAGUGGUCGCUAACAGAUUUGGCAGGAAGCGUGGACUACUCCUGAAUAACAUUCUGGUGUUUUUGGGCGCUCUCUUGGAGAGCACAGCCAGAGUAGCCAAAUCAGCUGAGAUGCUGAUUUUGGGAAGAUUUUUUAUCGGUGUCAACAAUGGAUUGAACGCUGGCCUAGCCCCGAUGUAUCUGGCUGAAAUAUCACCUGUGUCGCUCAGAGGAUCAAUCGGUACAGUCUACCAACUCGUGAUCACCAUCACCAUACUUCUGUCGCAAGUGCUCGGCCUAUCAUCCGUGCUGGGUACUGAAGACGGCUGGCCGUGGCUGUUGGCUUUGACCAUCGUACCGGCUAUACUGCAAUGUGUGACUUUGCCGCUGUGUCCGGAGUCACCGAAAUACUUGUUGUUGAAUAAAGCGCAAGAACUCCAUGCUCAGAGAGCCCUGAAUUGGCUCCGUGGCGACGUGGCUGUCCACGGCGAGAUGGAAGAAAUGCAUCAGGAAGCGGAAAAGAACAAAGUUAGCAAGAAAGUAACUCUCCGCGAACUAUUCGGCAACCGCCGGCUCAGACAGCCCCUGCUCAUAGCCAUGAUGGUCAUGGUGGCCCAGCAGUUUUCCGGGAUCAACGCGGUCAUAUCCUUCUCAACGGAUAUUUUCAAGAAAGCAAAUUUGAGCGAGGCCCAGUCCCAGUACGCGACGUUGGGUACUGGUGUAAUGAAUGUAGUGAUGACUGUGGUCAGUCUAGUGCUGGUUGAAGCCGCCGGGCGUCGAACCUUACUACUGGCAGGGUUUAGUGGCAUGUUUGUAGUCACUGUACUGCUGUGCAUCGCCCUCCUAUACACGCACGUAGUUUGGGUGUCGUACGUGUGUAUAGCACUCGUAAUUUUGUUCGUAGUAAUGUUUGCGACGGGCCCCGGUUCGAUUCCCUGGUUCCUUGUGACUGAGCUUUUCAACCAGUCUGCGAGGCCGGCGGCGACGGCGGUAGCGGUAACCGUUAACUGGACGGCAAACUUUAUCGUCAUUUGGAGUUUCUUGCCACUCAGGUUGGCUUUGGGAUCGUACACGUUCGUCAUAUUCGCAUUCCUCCAAUUCAUUUUCAUCAUGUUUAUAUUCUUCAAAGUGCCGGAGACGAAGAAUAAAACGAUAGAGGAGAUAACCGCCAUGUUUAGACAACAAAUUUAACGUAGGUAUCUGCAGAACUUUGAUAUAUAUUUAAUGUUAAUGACGUGGGAUGUUUUUUUGUUCUCAAUCGUAAAAAAAAAAUAUAAUGUAGUUAGGUAGUCUGUGCAUGACAAUGAAAGUUUUAAAGUUUUUUUUUAAAACCCAUAGACAAUUUUUAAGGUGUGCUACUUGCGGGCGCCAUUUUUCAAAUUGUUUACUAAACUUUUCAAACAGAUUUUGCUGAUGAUUUUAACUUUGUUGUAAUAAUAAGCUUACUAAAUAUGUAGGCAUCUAGUUGCCCGGUACCUACGUUAUGUAUUUAUACUAUAUCGAAACAUUACUAAUUUUAUUUUAAAAACUAAACUAGUUAAAAAACUGUUAGUUUUGUCCUGUCCUAUGCUUAAUUAUUUUUUCCUUGAUAAGUUGUUCAUAAAUUACUAUUUUCUGUCGUAAAUGCACAUUUUUAAAUACUUAGGUAUUAUUUAGACUUCCCUACUUAUUAUUUUCUAUAUGAGUAUGAAUUUUGAUAUUAUUAUAUUAGUAGUGUCACAUUUUCGUAAUGUUUUACUGAUGUUGUGUAUGCUCAUUGUAUAAUGAGAGGUAGUGAUUUUUAAUGUAAAGCGAGCAUUUUAUGCAAGCAUUUUCAUUGUACUCGACAUGUUACGAAUUGGUUCAGUUAUUGAAACCUCUAGUUAAAAAUAUGUAUAAAAAUUAAGAAAUCAAAUUUUACUAUAACUGUUUACUAUAAUUCAAAUAUGUACUUAAUAGGAGUAUUAAGAAAAUGAUAAAAUACAUUUGACAAACUUUUCCAAGGCGUAUGUGAUGCCGACACACCGCUUGGCUAUUUGUAAACUUGACCAUUGUUCGAGCGCCAGCCUAAUAAAAUGAAACUGAGCACGCAUGGACAUAUUAUUUUUUUAAAUACUGGCUGUAUAAUACAAAAUUCGAUUAGGCUUAAAAAAAAAAAGAUUGUUCAUUGCCGUCAAAAUAAUUGACUUUUAAAUACGCAUUUUUUCACAAUGUAAAUAAUUAAUUUUUAAAACUUGAAUUAAAUAGUUUAAUGACAAUUAAACCACCGUUUAUUAAUAACGUCUGUCCUUAUCAUGCAUCAAAUAGAAUGAAAAGGACAGAUCUAUUUUAAGUUUGAAAAUAGCAAACACGAAUAGCCAUGUGAAGUGACGGCGUGAUUGUUUGUCAAUGUUUACUGUAUAGCUUGUAAGUGGAUGGUAAUGAUUGUACUGAUCACAAUGUUAAGACUUGUUCUGUGUUUGUAUUUCUAAUAAUUAUUAGUUGAUUUAGGAACAGGAAAUCUCAAUUAUAGAUCAUUAAGUGCCGGUAUUUAUAA